AUGAGAAGGCAGCUCCGGUCCAGAAGGGCUCCGGCCUCUCCUUACGGUUAUCGCUCCAGACUUGACGAUCAGGAUGAAGUGAACCAGAACUACUUAGCAGAUGAAGAGGAAGAAGCUGAAGAAGAAGCUCGGGUGACGGUGGUACCGGAUCUGGAGGAGGAGGAGGAGGAAGAGGUGGAGGAGGAGGAGGAAGAAGAGGAGGAGGAGGAAGAGGAGGCGAAGGCGGAGGAAAAGGGUCAGGGUCAGCCAGCAGGCAAUGCCUGGUGGCAGAGAUGGCAGAUCGUGAACGAAUACCUGUGGGAUCCGGAGAAAAGGAUGUCUCUGGCCCGAACAGGUCAGAGUUGGAGCCUGAUUUUAGUCAUUUACUUCUUCUUCUAUGCCUCCCUGGCUGCUGUGGUCACUCUCUGCAUGUACACGCUAUUUCUGACCAUCAGUCCUUACAUGCCGACCUUCACCGAGAGGGUGAAGCCUCCUGGAGUUAUGAUCAGACCCUUCGCCCAUAGCCUCAACUUCAACUUCAACGUUUCGGAACCUGACACUUGGCAGCAUUAUGUCAUUAGCCUAAAUGGCUUUCUCCAGGGUUACAAUGACAGUCUCCAAGAGGAGAUGAAUGUAGAUUGUCCCCCGGGGCAGUACUUCAUCCAAGAUGGCGAUGAGGAGGAAGACAAGAAGGCCUGCCAGUUUAAGCGCUCCUUCCUGAAGAACUGCUCUGGCUUGGAAGACCCUACUUUUGGCUACUCUACUGGACAGCCUUGCAUCCUUCUAAAGAUGAACCGGAUUGUAGGCUUUCGUCCAGAGCUUGGGGAUCCUGUGAAGGUGUCCUGCAAAGUUCAGAGAGGUGAUGAAAAUGACAUCCGAUCCAUCAAUUACUACCCAGAGUCGGCUUCUUUUGACCUUCGCUACUACCCUUACUAUGGCAAACUGACUCACGUUAACUACACCUCCCCGCUGGUGGCAAUGCACUUCACAGAUGUGGUGAAGAACCAAGCGGUGCCUGUCCAGUGCCAGCUGAAGGGCAAGGGCAUCAUAAAUGAUGUCAUCAAUGAUCGUUUUGUGGGUAGGGUGAUCUUCACUCUGAACAUAGAAACCUAA